CCGCAGGGCAGCAGCAGCCCGGCCCCGGCGCUGGCACGGAGGAGUGCCGCCGAGCCGCGGUCCUUCACCCCRGAGGCCCCGGCUUCCCUUCCCCGCCCGUUCCCAUGCGGUGUAUCCGGGGACGCGGCCCGGAUACAGGUGGGCGCUGCGGAGGUGCAGCUCUGGGUUUCAGCAUAAAGCAAAGAGGAGCUGCCAGUCAAGAGAUCUGUCAUGACUUCCAAACCAUCUAAGAGACUUUCCUGGAGUGACUAUGCCUUUGAUUCAAAGCACAGACAAGAUCCUGAAGAUUCCCGUAAGGCUCUCAAGAAGAAAUCAAAAGAGAAGGAAGGAAGACUGGCAAUCAGUCAGUGGAGAACAGAUGUACAAUCCCUUAUUUCAUCUUCUAAAUGGCUUCAAUGUUAUGGUCUCAAAAGAAACAAAUUGUCCCUGUCCCAGAUUUUGUCCCAAGUUGGAUUCCAACACAGGAAAGAUUAUGUGACCACCUUGGGGAAACCUGUGGCUUCUCGGUAUGCAGAUGGUCUGUUUCCUCAAUACAAGAGAGCACAAGAUGGCAGCGUGUAUAAUCUGACAGCCAAAAAAGAACUGAUUCUUCAUUUUGUGGAUUGUCUAAUGGGAGCUAUUGAGCUAUAUAAGCAGCGAAUGGAAUGGUUAACCAGUGAGAGCCGGCAGAUAUUUGGAGUGAUUCAAGAACAGUGCAUUGUCAUUGUGUUGGAUUUUGGCACUGCAGCUCCAGCUGAAUUUGAUCUAUGUCGGGAUGCACUUUCCAUGGUACUUGUUGAACAGGUGAUUCAAAUUGCCAGAUUCAACCUCAUUCGGGCUGCUCAGGAUCUUAGGAAGUGGCAACAGAAAUGUACUCCUGUGUCUGAGCAUACUGUAAAGUCUGCGGUUACGUGGCUCUGGAAGCUGGACCAUAUGACAGCUGUCAGCCAUACCAGCUCUGCUGAAGCCCUGCUGGAAGCCAUGGGUGAUGAAGCGGUUGAAGCUGUUUAUUACUUUGCUGUGGGUGAUGUUCCAGUGGACACAAAACAGCUACUCUUCGAGAAGGUUUCAGAUGGCCCUUGUCCAGUCAACGCAGUGUCUUUCAAUGCAAGGGAAGAUGAAACUAUUAUUUUUCUGAAGGAGUUGAGCCGCUUGGCCUCUGGCAGGUUCCAUGCUUUUGCUCAGAAGAAUGACUGUAGAGAUGCUGCUCGACCUGCACUAAAAUAUGAAGAGGAUGGAAAAAGUUUAAUUGCCCUGGACUCGAGGAAAGUGAAAGGGCGAGUGCCACUAGGUAGACAAUAUAAACCCCAAGAUUAUACUGAUAUUAUCAGCGACAUGUCAGAAUAUGUCUUUUUGAUCUGGAAGGAAUUGGAGGAAGCCAGGAGUACAGUGAGACAAGUUCAGAAAAUUUUAUCAGAAUCUGACCAAUCUGCUUCUCAAGAUGCAAACAAAGGUGAUCAUCCAUUACCAAAACAUAUAACUGACAAAUAUUUGACUUCUGAGAAGUGGUUGCAGAAAUAUGGCUUGAAAGCUCAGAAGCUAACAUUGCACAAUGCACUUGCUGAUUGUACUUUUCGCCAUGUAGAUGGGAUUGUUGACAUAAAAACUAAACCAGAGGAUGAAUCUUCACAAACUGAUGCUGAGACAAAGAGGAAGAUAAUUCAUGCAAGGUACUGUGACAAGUUUGUGCAUACCCUCUGGAAAGAUGGAUCUGUAGUUCAUGUAYAUGUUACUACAGAAAAGUAUAAGCAGUACAAAGAGAAAAUGAGGACAGCUCUCAGACGAGUGGAAAGAAGGAUUAAGUGGCUUCAACAAGGAAGCAGAAGGCUUUUUGGGAAUGUAGUUGAAGAUGAUGUCUAUAUUCUUAUUGAUACAUCCCAGUCUAUGAACAACAAGCUGCCACUAGUGAAGGAAAAAAUAUUUCAGCUCAUACAGGAACAACUGAGACACAAGAAGAGAUUUAACUUUGUGAAAUUUAGUGCCCAAGCAGUGGCAUGGCAAGAGAAACUUGCUGAAGUUAAUGAGGAAAAUUUGCAAGAUGCUUGGCUUUGGAUAAAAGGGCUUAAGGUUGGAAGUUCCACAAAUACUCUCAAAGCUCUCCAGAUUGCUCUUGCUGAUACUGACACUCAGGCUAUUUAUCUCUUGACUGAUGGGAGACCUGACCAGCCCCCUCCAAUAAUUUUGGCUGAAGUCCAACUUCAUGGUAAAAUUCCCAUCCAUACUGUAUCUUUCAACUGUGAUGAUAUAGAAGCCAAUAAAUUUUUGUAUGAACUAUCAACACAAACAGAGGGACGGUUUCAUUAUUACAACAUUUAUUCGACUGAUCCUGAUAGUGCAGAGUUUAUUGUUAAUGAAGACAUACAUCUUUUGAAAAGAGAAAUAGAUCAAGGAGAGAAAGAUUUAGAGAAAGUGAAGACCUUUCAUGAGAAAAGUCUGAUGAUGAAUUCUUAUAAUGAAGAAAAUUAUCCAGGGAAUAAAACUCCAUGCAGUGCUUCAGAAGAACCAUCAGUGCCAUCACAUGAGCAAACSCGGCAAAGCAGUGCUGACAGUCCAGCCCAAAGAAAGCAAGCAUUAUAUGCAAAUGAAACAAAGACGAGUCUGCUGCAAAUCCCGAGCCRUGGUGUGAAAUCUAGGGAAGGAAGACCAAAGGAAGGAGAAUCUCCAGAGGAAAAGAGUUCUUCUGUCAGGAAGGGUGUGAAAUGCACAACCAUUCUCAAAGGCGAGUUGGCAGAACAAGAGGCUUCGAAUCUGAAAAUGCAGAAUGUGGAAAGGACAUCUAAAAGCUCUCUAGAUAUCUCUUCAKCUCUUUGGUUAAAGACCCAUGGCUUGGUUGCUAGGCGACUCACCAUCAUGGAUGCCRUAGCUCCUACAACUGACCCUCAUAGUACCAAAGACAUCCCAGUUCUGGACAAGCAUGUAGUUUCUAAAGCAUUUGAUAAGAUGUUACCAUUGGCCCGUGUUGGCAACGACAAGAAGGGGAUCGUGCUUAUGAAUCUUCAGGCAGUGAAUCUUGAUGCYUAUAAAGAGAAGCUGGAAAAAGCAAUCAAAUCCUAUAAGAGGCGCCUGAAUCUAGUUAUUUGGAGAGCACUGUCUCAAGAGGAAAGAGACAAAUUUAAAGAGGAUGGGCCAGUCCAAUAUAUAGAGCACAAAGAAGCUUUGCUGGAGGCUUUAGAGAAUUUGGGAUGGCCAGUUUCCUAUGAAGAUGUAAAAUUGUUAGAAGAUGAGAUACUAACCRCAAUAAAAUACAUAGAACAAGCCUCUGAUCUUCAGGAAGCUAUCAAAAAGGAAAUUCAGAAAAGCUGUGAAUCACACACCAGCAACAAUAGAAAGAGACUUGAAGAAGAAACUGUGAAGCUGAAGUCUAAGACAAGACAAAAAUGGCAAGUAUUUCUGACUCACAAAAGCCAAAAGGUAAUUGCAAGAUCAGACGCCACAGGAUUUUAUUAUCCAGGAACUGUGAUAAAGAAUAUCAGUUCUAGCUGUGCACUUGUUGACUUCAGCAAUGGGGAGAGCUGUGAUGUCCCUGUCAAGUUCACUAUACCUGUGGGAGGUGCUAUGCCAUGCCCACAUCUGCAGGUUGGAGACUAUGUGCUUGCCAGAACUGGGACACGGGCCAGAAAUGAAUAUUAUGUACCUGCCAUUGUCAUAGCAAAACCAGAGAGGGUGGAAACAGGUGACAAACUCUACACUGUACUGAUGUUCAACAACAGGGAAGAACACUGUAUAAGAAGAGAGCUCAUUAAAAUCAGCCAAGCCAAGUAUAUCUGUUUGUGUCAGUACAUAAGAACGGCGCAGACRGUGAAUUAUGAGAUUGAGACCACAAAGCCCUGCCCUCACUUACCUGUAGAAGAUGAAGGAGGAGAAGAAGCCAAAAGAAGUGUUGUGAAAGAAAAGAGGGGGGAAAGGAAGAGGACAGCAGAAGACAAAAGGCAUCCCAGGAAGAAGAUGUCAGACUUUGAUGAAAUUUUGUUUGUUUCCAAAAGUGAAGUAAAACAGAAAGGAAGAAAUUCACUGUCGAGCUUUAAAGAAGACUUUAGAGGUAAAGAAAUAGCUGUGAAAAAGUAGAAGUAUUAGGAAUGAAACAGUUCUGAUGGGCCUUUAGUUAUUCCCCACACAAGGACUAGGUUUCUGCAUUUCUGGGUGUUAGCCAAGUUAGCUUUCCCAUGUUCUGUGUGAUGAAAUUCUUUCUCCUCCUUUGGAAGCUGUUCUUGACACUUUUUCAGCAUGUGUUUUCAUAGCAAAGGCAAGGAAUGAAUAAAGCAUGUUCCAGCAUGUUAAUUUCCCUAACAGUUGCAGUGAGGAUGCAGUWACACAUACCUUAGUAUCUGCUUGUAAGCAGAGUAUAUAUUCCAGUCCCUCUUCUUUGUUCUUUGUUAGAUUAAAGUUAUGUCUGUAUUGCAGGUGUUAAAUUGUUGCACUUGUAACUCAAUGCUUCAGAAGUUAAAUUGCUUUUGGUGUACAAGCCAGCUCACUUGAAGCUGACAGCAGUACUCCCUGUCACUCUGCAGCAGAGACUGGGCUAGUGUAGGUCUGCCAUCACACGCCAGUCAGUUCUUCAUUUUCAAGACCCUACUGUCAGUGGAAAGAUAACAGGGGUUUUAUCCAUUCUUACUAGGUGUACCUCCUUGUACAAUUUUAAAUACGUUCUCAACAGCCUCAUUAUUUAUUUGCUUCCAGAAGCAGUGGGUUAUAGAUUCAGUCAAUCAACRUGUUGUCAGUCAACUUGAUUUGGCUCCUCUGAAUGUUCCUUCUGUGUUCUCACUCAUCCUUUAAAGAUUGCCUGCAAAUUCCAUUUACAUUGCUUAUAGUGGGUAUUAUGAUGCCUGAUCAGAAUGGCCUGAUUAUAUGAGAGUAGAGAUGUUGGGCUUCUCCAGUGAGAGACCAUGGUUUCCRAAGAUGGGAAAAGGUUCACUGGAAAUGCUCAGUUAUUGUGGACACCUUCCUCUUGCACAUUUCAAUAUGCAAAUGCUGAGUAAAUGUGAAAUAAUGCUAAUGUGAUCAGCAAGUCCUGUAACUGAUUCUAUGCAGCUUGGAGGAAAGAUUACAUGAGAGCAAUGGUUAUCUAUGCAUUUUAAUCCUGCCUAGCCUUAGCAAAUAAUCACAUAGUACUCUAAUAAAGCUUGAACAUUGUAUGCAGGUUGAACAUGCUAAAGAAGGUACCUUGUCCUCUUCUUGUGACAUCAUAAAUAUUGAAUAUGUUUUUUUUCCCUAAAAUUUAUUUUUGCUUACAUAGCCUUUUGUAUUUUAUCAGAAAGGGAAAAGUCAGAGAGCUGAAAAAGAUGUUAAGUAACAAACACUAUAUGGUUAUCCUCACAUGGUUUCAUUAGAUUCUUCUUUAUCUAAUCUCUGUAUGUGACUGUGCCUUUAUCCUCUUUGGAUGUAGAUAGCUGCCCCAUUUUCAUACCRUGUUAAUGUUUCACAGCACUCUGUAUAUAAUUUGUAAGUUAUAUCAAAUGUGUUACAUGACCCCUGAUACACACAUCUAUUUGAACUGUGUUAAUGCUGGAUUUCAUUUUCAAGAUUAAGAGAAUAAAGAAAACAAAUUUGCCUGGCACUGUUGUUUCCUUCUGCCCAACUUUCAGUCUAGUAUGAACCAUUAGUUUACAGUUACUUCUUGGCAGUUCAAUAUGUGUUGAGUGCCAGAUCUGUGAGAUUCACCUAUACAGGUUAACACUUUUCCUUAGAUUAGAAGUUGUCAUAUUUGAUUACGUUCAUGUGGGUAGGUGUUAAAUAACAUGGAUGAGGAGUUGGAAAGCCUUGCCAUUCUAAUGAAUUAUUCAUUUAGUCUCUGUGGACCACAUAUUAAAAAUACCAGGUAUUUAAAUCCCUUCAUGGAGUUUUUGUAAUGCUGAAAUAAGGCUGGAUAUUCAAGGAACCAAAACUGCACAAGUGAGGUAAAACACCCUGUUUUCCUCUUCAGACCCCUGUAGCACUCUAAAGCCUCAAUUAUUGCCUUUCAUACGCUGGACACACCAAUGUUUAUCAGAGUGAUCCCUGUGCCCAGGUUUUCCUUACUUCAGUUGAUUUCAUUACUUCA